CAUUUUGAACCUGAUAGGAUUAGAUCUUAAAGUUUUUUAUAAGUUACCAUCUUCAAAUUCCUCUCCUUUCUCCCAGUCGCUCUUUGCUACUCUCCAUCUCUACAUCUAAAUCACAAACGCGAACGAAGGUUGCAAGUCUCUAUAAAUUAAAUUGGGUUCUUCAUUUGUGAUUCUCGUUAUCUUCUUCUUUGGGUAUAAUGGGUUGUACAGUAAGAGAAAAGCAUCUAAGAAAUCAUCGGAAGCUUCGAUCAGCAAUAAAAUCAGAUUCUGAACAAACCCACCCUGAAAAGCACGUAAAACCACCGUCAUCUUAUCCUGAGUUAACAUUAAAACCAUCUGAACAUCAUCAUCAUCAUCAUCAUUUUGAUAAUAAUGGGGGUGAUCAAAAUAGAAACCCUAACCCCAAUUUUGAUGAAAGUGGUUGGGGUUAUUGUACUGAAGAUCAAUUAGAGGAAUUGUUGUUAAAGAAUCUUGAAUUUUUAUAUAAUGAGGCUAUUACUAAACUUAUUAGUCUUGGUUAUGAUGAAGAGCAUGUACUAAAAGCGAUAUUGCAUAAUGGACAUUGUUAUGGUGGAUUGGAUGUUUUAACAAAUAUUCUGAAUAAUUCUGUGAGUUAUUUGAAUAGUGGUAAUGUGGAUUCGGAUGAACCCGAUUCGUCUUUUAUUGAUUUAAAGCAGUUAGAAGAGUAUUCUCUUGCAGGAAUGGUUUGUUUGCUUCAGCAAGUUAGACCUAAUUUGAGUAAAGGAGAUGCAAUGUGGUGUCUCCUUAUGAGUGAUCUUCAUGUAGGUCGUGCGAGUACUAUGGAGAUACCGGUUUUACCUUCGUCAAAUAAUUCUACUACAACAACUACUACUAGUACUGUUACUAGUAGUAAAGGAGAUGGGGAAAUUACUGCAAGUUCCAAUCCAAUUGGGAUUCCUCCUGGGUUAUGUCGGUUUCAUGGUGGCUGGGGAUUUGGAGCUGGUGAAGUUUGUGAAUUUCCACUUAGCGGAUCUUAUCCUUCUUCAGUUGAUGUUACUACGGUGGUAAGAGAUAUUGAAUGCCCCAAGAGGUUCAAUCUCACACCAUCAAUGAAGUCACUUUUGCAAAGGAAUGUAACUAUGUUUGCAGCGUCAAUCCGGGCAAAAUCAAAAUCAAGUGUUGUAUCAUCACGGGUCUGUCCAAGUUCUUUGUCUAUUGGAGAUGCACCUGUAGGAAUUCCUGCUGAUUCUGAACAUCCAUCAGAGAAACAUGAGGAAUCCCGUGACACUCAGAAUCCGGAUGUGGUGAGCUCAGUGUUGAGCAGCUUGGGUAACUUAAGCCUUGAUGAUAAACCGGAUGGUGGGAUUGAUUCGAAAGGUGAAAUGAUGAUGAAUCUUGCUCACCAGAUCAGGGAACUCGAGGGACAAGUGAAAGAUCGUAAAGAAUGGGCCCACCAAAAAGCAAUGCAAGCUGCUAGAAAGCUCAGUCAUGAUCUUACAGAGCUUAAGAUGUUAAGGAUGGAAAGAGAGGAGACCCAGCGCCUGAAAAAAGGUAAACAGACUUUGGAGGACACUACCAUGAAGAAGCUGUCAGAGAUGGAGAAUGCUUUGAGAAAAGCAAGUGGCCAAGUUGACCGUGCGAAUGCAGCUGUGAGAAGGCUUGAGAAUGAAAAUGCGGAGAUCAAGGCAGAAAUGGAAGCUUCCAAGCUGAGUGCAUCAGAGUCUGCUACAACUUGUUUGGAGGUUGCAAAGAGAGAGAAAAAAUGCCUUAAGAGGCUUCUGGCUUGGGAGAAGCAGAAAGCUAAAUUACAGGAGGAGGUUGUGGAGGAAAAAAAGAAGAUCUUUCAGCUACAACGACAGUUAGUUCGAAUAAAGGAGACUCAGAAAGAAACCGAGGUGAACUGGAGACAGGAAAUUAAGGCUAAAGAGUUGGUCAUGUCACAAGUGGAGGAGGAACGGAGAUCAAAGGAAUCAGCCGAGGGAAGUGUGAAACGCAACCAGGAGGCGUUGCGUCGCAAGGUGGAGAUAGACUUUCAGCGCCAUAAGGAUGACAUCCAGAGAUUGGAACAAGAACUAUCUCGUCUUAGGGCAUCUGCGGAAUCCAUUCAGGUUAACUACCAGACAAAUGGAGACCCUGAGAUGGCAAAACCUCAGAGGGAGAUCAAUGCAAGGGUACUUCAUGACUUGAAUAAAUUGCUUGAUUCAUCGGAGAAAGAAACAAACUUUGUCAGGGUAUGCUUAAUAUGCAUGAUAGAUGAAGCCUCGGUUGUUUUCCUACCUUGUGCCCACCAAGUUCUGUGUGCCAAUUGCAGCAAUGAUUAUGGGAAGAAGGGUAAAGCUACUUGCCCUAGUUGCAGGGUUCAGAUCGAGCAGAGGAUCAAUGUUUAUGGUGCAAGCUCAUAAUCAGAUCUAGGUUUGCAACUAAGUAAGACAUCUUAAGGUUGAUUUCUGAAUUAUAGUUUACAUUUUCAUAUACUCAUUUGGUUUGUCGUCUUCAUCUUUCUUUUUGAUUAUAAAGUCCAAAGAGUCUAUACAGUACAUACCAUCAUUAGGUCAAAUAAAAGAACGAGUUCACUCUGGAACAUCUUCUUUUAAACACUCAAAUAUCUGGAGUAGUUGAAUGCAGUAAAUAAACUUGAUUGACGUUGCGACUAGCUUUACGAAAAUUAA